UCGUCUCUCCAUUGCUCCGCGGCACGUCAGCGCGCGAAGACGACGAGUGCCGCGUAUCACGUGACCGAACGUCGCGCGUCCGUGCGUCCGCAGCGCACCCAGUGAUGACAGCGAAAAACAAACGGGCAUCGGAACCGAGACGCGCGAACAAACCCCUGAUGGAGAAACGGCGACGGGCCAGGAUCAACCAGAGCCUUGCGGCUUUGAAGACGCUCAUCUUGGAUUCGGCCAAGGCGGACAACACGAAACAUUCCAAACUCGAGAAGGCGGACAUCCUCGAGCUGACCGUGAGACACUUCCAGCGUCACAGGAGUCUCGACGCCGCCGGCGUCAACCGCUACAAAGCCGGUUACGCGGACUGCGUGAGGGAAGUGCAAAGGUACCUGGAGACGCCCGACGCCCAGACGAUGACCGUCGUCGACGCCGGCGUGCGUCAGAGGCUGCUGCGUCACCUGGACAACUGCGUGUCCGAGGUGGACGUCGACUUGAGACAGGCGGCGGCCGUGCCGCCGCCCCCCGACGAACGCCUCCAGCCGCCCGAUUCUAGCACGCUCGAGGUGAACAACAACCACGAGGAGGAGGAGGUUCAGCCGCCGCCGAAGGCGGCCAAGAGCUACGACGCCAAUUUCGUGCUGUUGCUGCCCGAGCACUACGUGCAGCUGGCGAACGCGCUGGGCGUGAACCUGAGGCAGCAGAACGAACCGCCGCCGGCGGCGGCGGCGGCCGGACCGUCGGCCGAUAAAAGUUUCGAGGACGUGGGGAAAUGCCCGGCCACGGAGAGGCCGCUCGACUACAGCAAAAACAACGACUCGAACGACAGCAUGUGGAGGCCGUGGUAGAGGACUUCGGAGCCGCCUCGUAGUCGACUUAGGGCGCGAGCACACGUAGCGGUUCGUCGCGUCCCAGUCGGGGUGAUAUUUUCUAGUCGCCGUAGCGUUGUAAAUACUGUACAUACAAAAGUGGAGCCGCGACGCUGUUAUUUCGUUGUGGACCGCGUUCCGUUUCACCGUUGUUUCUAUACUUUUCAUGUUGAACUCUGUCGGCUCGAGAAUAAAGGUAUCUCAACACUGCACCGGGUCUGGUUUCAUUGUUACGUCACAAAAUAUGAAUUUCGGGGGAAUUCUCCCAGAAAUAGUUAAUUGUUUAUAGACCAUUACUUUAUUAACAAUAUACGGGGUUAUUCGCGGUGAGUUUCCUAUAUGGUCCGUAAUACGACCAAAAAUAUAGUGCGUUUAUUGCUUAGACGUAAAUCUUGCCUGAGAUGGACCGUAACGAAUAUUUGUAGAAUCUUGUAUUUUCGUUUAUUUUAACAGCAGGUGAUUUGUAUUCGUUCUUAAGAGU